CUGCUUACAGUGGAAGGAGAGAGAAAAGAGCUGCUAGUAGGAUCAAUUUACAGAAUCAACUAUGUUAGCUUUUGGGAACAACUCAAAAAUGAAUGCUGGCGUAAAGGUUCACGGCUGAGGGCUUAAACAUUGAUGGCUUUGUUUUAAAAGUCACUCACCAGCAGCAUCUCUGAAACAGAAACCUGCACCCUCACCAUGACUGACUUCGGGGAGAUUCUGCAGAGUGUUGGAGAGUUCGGACUCUUUCAGAAAACCAUUUUGUUUGCACUUUGCUUCCCGAGUCUUUUUCUGACUUUUCACCUCGCCAGUCUGAUUUUUGUUGAGUCAGACCCGGAGCGACACUGUAACACCGACUGGAUCCUUAAGUCUGCCCCAAACCUGACUACAGAGGAGCAGCUGAACUUGACUCUGCCCCGCCGGGAGGAUGGCAGCUUCAGCAGGUGUAGGAUGUUUGUUCCAGUGGACUGGGACAUCCAGACCAUCCGGGAGUACGGACUCAACGACACCACAGUGUGCACCAACGGAUGGGUUUACAGCAAUAUGAAGUACGAGUCCACCAUAGUCACUGAUUUUGAUCUAGUCUGUGACCAGGCUUUUUUGAAAGAAGUGGCACAGGCUGUGUUCAUGGCAGGAAUCCUGGCUGGAUGUCUUCUACUUGGACCAUUUGCUGAAUCGUUCGGUCGGAAGCGUGCCACUCAGAUCCCAGUUUUUCUGAUGCUCAUAUUUAGUGUAACGACUGGCCUCUGUCCCAACCUGUACCUGUACCUGUUGUCUCAGUUCAUAGUGGGGAUUGGCUAUGGAGGAUAUCGACUUAACAGUGUUAUUCUGGUUACAGAGUGGAUCGGUCCAUCCCAGCGGUCAUGGGGAGCUUGUGCCACCCAGUUGUUCGGUGCAUUGGGGCAGUCCGUCCUUGCAGGCCUCAUAUACUACAUCAGGAACUGGAGAAUGGCUCAGUUCAUUAUAGCGACUCCAUUCACUGUUGUCUCUGUUUACAUAUGGUUCAUUCCAGAGUCAGCCAGGUGGUUGCUGGGAAGAGGACGCAUAGAUGAAGCCAAGCUGCUCAUUACCAAAGUGGCAGCCAUCAACAAACGCACUAUUUCAGACUCCAUUCUGGAAAAGAUUGUUAUGAAAGAAACUGAGACAAAGGGAGGCAUAAUAGUUCUUUUCCAAUCCCCUGUUCUUAGGAAGUAUUUCCUUACCAUAAUAAUGGCAUGGUUCUCGCUGAAUCUCACUUACUUCUGCCUUUCCUUCAACGUGGGAAACUUUGGUUUGGACAUUUUCCUGACUCAGGCCAUGUUUGGCCUGACUGAACUGCCGGCUCACAUUCUGUGUAUUUGGCUGCUGGAGUUUGUGGGGAGGAAGGUUUCCAUCAUGUCCACACUGUUGAUCGGAGGAUUCCUGUGCUUUUCAAUCCUGGCCGUCCCUCAAGAUAAUGCCAUUGCUGUGACUACAUUAGCAAUUGCUGGGAGAUUUUUUACCAACUGGGCUGGUUCAGUUUGUAGUCUGUAUGUUCAGGAGCUGUUUCCAACAUCGUUUCGGCAAACAGCUUCUGGUUUGGGCUCAAUUGCAAGUAGAGCUGGAGGGUUACUGUCACCCCUACUCAACAUGUUGGCUGUGUACCACUGGUCCAUACCCAUCGUGGUCUACAGCAGCCUCACAGUGGUCAGUGGAGCUCUGAGCUACCUGCUUCCUGAAACCAGAAAAAGGGAACUCCCAGAUUCUACUGACGAGGCGGAAGGAAAACUAAAGAACACUACCUCGAGAAACCAGCCUGAGUCCAACAAACCUGCACUAAACAAAUCAACCAAACUGUAGUCGGAAUAGUUGUUUUUUACUUUUCAUCAGUUGGUUUUCUCCUUACUUUCCUGCAACGACAGCUGAACAUGUGUUCAUGUGUGCAAUUAACUGGCUGACUAACUAACAGAUUAUUGUAACCUGGAUCCACAGCAAUUGUAGCGGUUAAUUAAGUUUAUAUUCAGUUAAAUUCACAGGUUCUCCUUUGGGAAGGAAGUUUACAAAGUUUGCAGCACAGGCUCGACCUAAAUAGAGCAGCCCAUGCCAAGCAAUAUUCCAAUUGUCAGUUUAUGUUAAAAAAUAAAUAAAAGUAACAUUUCAAAAUAUGAUUUUAGACAAAACUGUCAUUU